CGGUUUAGCUGCGAACUCGAAGGCAAAACUCAAACACGACGCAGUGCAACGCAUGCAGAUACGAUACGGAAACAGAAGCAGAAGCUGCACAUACAGAUACAAAUACACCGUCCGAGAGUCGAGAGUCCGAUACGCAGCGCGACACGCAGUGACCAGUGAAGUCUGUCAAGUGCCUGCACAAUUUACGUAUCAAAUUCGAGUACAAUACAAUAAAAGUAAAAGUGUAAGGAAUGUCUGUGCCACAACAGCCGCAGCAGGCAUUGCCCACAAUUGCUGCAAUUCUCAAUCAUCAGCAGAAGACGGGAGUCGUCGGAGCAGGUGCAGGAGGAUCCAUGGCCAUGCCAUCCAGUGCAAAGCCAAAGACCAAAAGUCGCUCGUCCUGUUGGCUGCUUCAGCCUCGGCAGUUGAACAACAUCUGCAUCGUCUUUGCCGAACUAAUUGCCACAGCCAUGCUGAUGUUCCUCGGCUGCAUGGGCUGCAUCGAGAAUUCGUUCUUCUCCAACUCCAACUUCCAGAGUGCGCUCAACUUCGGCUUUGUUGUCCUGAUCUGCAUCCAGUGCUUUGGCUGCGUGUGCGGUGCCCAUCUCAAUCCCGCCGUGACGUUGGCCAACUAUAUCUACAACAUGAUCUCGCUGCCCAUGGCCAUUUCCUACUUUGUCGCGCAGAUGGUGGGGGCCUUCAUCGGCUACGGUCUGCUCAAGGCCGUCAUGCCAGAGAGCGCCAUAUACAGCUCUAGCUCGUCGAGUGGCGUCUGCGUAACCUCCCUCCACAGCAGCCUGACGGGGCUGCAGGGCGCGGUCAUCGAGUUCCUGAUCACCAGCGCCCUGAUUGCCAUUUGCUGUGGCGUCUGGGAUCCGCGCAAUGCCAAGAACCAGGACUCGGUGCCAGUGCGUUUCGGCCUGGCCAUCGCCUGCCUCUCCUUGACUGCGGGUCAGUUCACAGGAGCCAGCAUGAAUCCGGCCCGCUCCUUUGCCCCGGCCAUUUGGAACGGAGCCUGGGAGAAUCACUGGAUCUACUGGGUGGGUCCCCUGGCAGGAGCUCUCGUCUCAUCGCUCAUCUACAAGUAUGCUUUCCGACGAGAGGUUCAGGCACAGGAAGAGCAGGAAUCCACCAUGUCCACCAAGCGGACCUCUGAAUUAGAGUUCGCCUAGCGAGCAAGAGAUCCCUUACAAGACAACAUAUCCCAUAAGUGCUUUAAAAGCGGCUUAGUUUUUAGUCUCACUCGCCCUACUAUACAAAUAAAUACUAUAAAUUAAA